GGGAGUAUUAAUAAAUGAAGUUAUGAUUGUAUACUGAUUAUGUAAUCACCAUACACUCUUAUUAAUUACCUAUUUAAACCUUGAUGAGACAUAAUUAAAACAGUAGUUAAUUGUAUCUAAAUGAAUUAAUCAAUGAAAUUGGCUAUUAUUUCCUUUUAUUUAAUCACUAAUUCUUUCAUCUCCACUUACAAAUUCAUAGCUCGGGCCAGCCCCUGAUGCUGACAUAACGCACUGGGCUCUGGCCAAUCAGGGUCGAGAAAGAUGGCCUUACCCAUCUCAUCGCUCUAGAUGUCAAAUUCAUUACAAAAGGGUUAGAUGACAUGAUUAUUAAAGAGGAGAAUAUUGGGAGGAUAUAAAGGGAUUGGAGUAUCCUUGGGAAUCAAUUCAUCAAGGUAUAAUGAGUACAAUUCAAUUAGCUAAAACCACAUUCAACAAGAAACUCAUCUAUGGGUUAUUAGGAGCUGGGUCCAUUACGAUUAUAGGAUCACAAUUGUACCAAGAUCAACAAUCCAAAAAGUAUUACAAAUUCCCAAACAAUAAUCAAAACCACAAGAAUUAUGGUAAAGCUUUAAUUGCAGGUUCAGGAUUAAAUGUUGCAUUAGCUUCAAAAGAUCAUGAAGGUGAUUAUCAGAAAAUUUAUAAUGAUAUUGCAACCAAAAUCCGUGAUAAUGAUGAAUAUGAUGAAUAUAUUGGAUUUGGACCAGUCUUGGUUCGUUUAGCAUGGCAUUUAUCAGGUACUUUUGCUAAGAAGGGAUAUCAGGGUUGUCCUCAUCAAACUGGUGGUUCAUAUGGUGGGUCUAUACGUAUUGAUAAAGAGGCUAACGAUCCUGCAAAUAAUGGGUUACAAAAUGGGAGAUGGUUUUUAGAGGAGUUUAAAACCAAAUAUCCAUGGAUUAGUUAUGGAGAUUUGUAUACAUUGGGAGGAGUUGUUGCAAUUCAAGAGAUGGGUGGUCCAAAGAUUGGUUGGAGACAUGGGCGUAAAGAUCAAGGUGAAGAUUUUGCACAGACUUCGAGAUUACCAGAUGCUUCUCAGGAUGCUGAUUAUGUUCGUGGAUUGUUUGGUCGUAUGGGAUUUAAUGAUCGUGAAGUUGUUAGUUUGAUUGGAGCUCAUGCCCUGGGGUCCUGUCAUGUUUUAGCACCAGUUUUACCAGGACAAAAGAAGAGCAGUGGACCAGGUUCAGGAUACACUGGUCGUUGGACAGCGUCUCCUAAUUUCUUCACCAAUGAGUUUUAUAGGUUAUUACUUGAAGAUAGAUGGGAGUUCAAGGACUGGAGUGGACCUAGACAGUAUGAGGAUAAGGAUGGGUUGAUGAUGUUGCCUACUGAUUACGCCUUGAUCCAGGAUCCAAAGUACAAAGAAUGGGUUGUGAAGUAUGCCAAAGACCAGGAUCUGUUCUUCAAGGACUUUGCCAAAGACUUCCAGAAGCUGUUGGAGCUGGGGAUAGAGUUCCCAAGGGAGUCCAAGGUGUUUUACUUCCAGACGUUGGACGAGCAGGAGUGAUGUAAUGGGUUAGUAAUACUAUAAAACUAAUAACUAGUAGAUCUAAACUAGACUAAAGUAAUUUCCAUUCUCUUUUCUUUUGUCAUUGCGCUUGAGUGAAAAGGUGCCAUGACACAAGAUUUCGCACAAUGAUGUCACGGAUAAACACAGAGACUAGCCCUCGGAUAAACACAGGAGACAAGGGCCUAGACCUGAAUAGUCCCCCUUUAAUAGCCUACCCUAUAGAAUAUUCUUCCGGACCCCAAUCCCGAGCACCGGCCUAGGCCCAGCUCCUUCCCCC